AUGCCCCGUGGUCAAAGGAGGAAACGCAACAAGCUGGGGCGAGGCCGUCAGAUCCAAAGAAAUACACAGGUCCUUAAGGGUCCUGAAGUCCCUAAGAAUGUUGGGGAGGAAGCAGCAGUCACUGCUUCCUUUUCAUUUUUCUCCUCCCAUACUAUAAUUGGCCCCACACCAAGAGAUGGGCUUCAACUUGAGACACCAAGCUGUCCUCAGAAUCCUUGGGGCAUUGUCUCUUCCCCAACCGCCAUGGUGUCCAGUCAAAGGAGUCAAAGUAGAAAGGGAUCUAGACAAGAUGUGGAGGGUCAGAGGCCCUCAGAGGACACAAACUUGACUCAGUUGCUGCACCGUGUGUUUCUAAAUGACAAGUUAGAGAAAUUGGUGCCAUUCCUGCUCCGCAAGUAUCAAAAGAAGGAGCAGGUCACCAUGGAAGAAAUGCUGCACACUGUGGACCAUGAUUACCAUGAACAAUUCCCUCUGAUCUUCAGCGAUUUCUGUGAGUGCAUGUGUCUGGGCUUUGGCAUUGAUGUGAGGGAAGUGUAUCCCCCAGGCCACGCGUACAUGCUUGUCCCCUUACUGGGCCUCACUUAUAAUGGAUUACUGAGUGAUGAUUAUCGAAGCUUUCCUCAAAUCAGUAUCCUGAUAGUCAUCCUGACCGUCAUCUUCAUGAAAGGCAACAGUGCCAGUGAGGAGGACAUAACAAAAGUACUACGAAUGAGGGAGAUGUUAGCUCAGAGGAAUAAUGUUGCAAUUGGGGAUCCCUGGAAAUUCAUCACUGUGGAUUUGGUACGGGAAGGGUACCUGGAAUACCAGGAGAUUCGUAAUAGUUUCCCUACUCGAUAUGAGUUCCUGUGGGGUCCAAGGGCCCAUGCUGAAACAAGCAAGAUGAAACUCCGAGAGCAUUUGGCCAGGCUUCAUAGGAGAGAUGUGAGGUCUUACCCAGUUCUGUACGAUGAGGCUGUGAGAGAGGAACAAGUUAUGGUGAGGGCUCCUGAAUGGGUAAAGUGGAUGCCAGGGGCACGGAAUUUACCAAACCACAGCAAUAGAUUAGCUCCCACGCCGUGUGAAGCAAGCCCCAUUCUUCGGUCUAUGCUUGAGGCAACCAGGCCAUUUUCUAAGCCAUGA